AUGGUGGCGGCGCCGUGCGCCCGGAGGCUGGCCCGGCGCUCGCACUCGGCGCUGCUCGCGGCGCUCACGGUGCUGCUGCUGCAGACGCUGGUUGUGUGGAAUUUCAGCAGCCUCGACUCCGGGGCCGGGGAGCGCCGCGGGGGCGCAGCGGCCGGCGGCGUGGAGCAACCGCCCCCGGCCCCGCGCCGGGAGCGCCGGGACCUGCCAGCCGGGCCGGCUGCAGCCCGAGGCGGCGGCGGCGGAGGACGGGGGGCCCCGGCGCGGGCGCGGGGAGGCGGCCCCGGAGAACCCCGGGCGCAGCAGCCGGCCAGCCGGGGGGCACUGCCCGCGCGGGCGCUGGACCCUCAUCCAAGUCCACCGAUCACCCUGGAGACCCAGGAUGGCUACUUUUCUCACCGUCCAAAAGAGAAAGUGCGGACAGACAGCAACAACGAGAACUCAGUCCCCAAAGACUUUGAGAAUGUGGACAACAGCAACUUCGCACCCAGAACUCAGAAGCAAAAGCACCAGCCUGAGUUGGCAAAGAAGGCCCCGAGUAGACAGAAGGAGCUUUUGAAAAGGAAGCUGGAGCAGGAGGAGAAGGGGAAGGGACAUUCGUUCCCAGGCAAAGGCACCAACGAGGUGCUGCCUCCUGGGGAGAAAGCCACGGUGAACAGUAGCCGUGCGAAGGAUGCCCCAGGACAGCCCCACACCAGGAAAAGCGGGGGCAGCUCCCCUGAGCUGAAGCAAGACCAGCCGCCCAAGUGCGACAUCUCGGGCAAAGAGGCCAUCUCCGCACUGUCCCGCUCCAAGUCCAAACACUGCCGCCAGGAGAUCGGGGAGACCUACUGUCGCCACAAGCUAGGGCUGCUGAUGCCCAAGAAGGUGACACGAUUCUGCCCCCUGGAAGGCAAAGCCAACAAGAACGUGCAGUGGGACGAGGACUCGGUGGAAUAUAUGCUCGCCAACCCCGUCCGAAUCGCCUUCGUGCUGGUGGUCCACGGCCGCGCCUCUCGGCAGCUGCAGCGCAUGUUCAAGGCCAUUUACCACAAAGACCACUUCUACUACAUCCACGUGGACAAGCGCUCGAAUUACUUGCAUCGGCAAGUGCUGCAGUUCGCCGGACAGUACGGCAACGUUCGUGUCACGCCCUGGAGGAUGGCCACCAUCUGGGGGGGCGCCAGCCUCCUGUCCACGUACCUGCAGAGCAUGCGGGACCUCCUGGAGAUGACCGACUGGCCCUGGGACUUCUUCAUCAACCUCAGCGCCGCCGACUACCCCAUCAGGACAAAUGACCAGCUGGUGGCAUUUCUCUCCCGGUACCGAGAUAUGAAUUUCCUGAAGUCACACGGCCGGGACAACGCAAGGUUCAUCCGAAAGCAGGGUCUGGACCGGCUCUUCCUGGAGUGUGACGCCCACAUGUGGCGCCUGGGGGACCGGCGAAUCCCGGAGGGCAUUGCUGUGGAUGGAGGCUCCGAUUGGUUCCUGCUGAACCGGAAGUUUGUGGAGUACGUGACCUUCUCCACAGAUGAUCUGGUGACCAAGAUGAAGCAGUUUUACUCCUACACCCUGCUUCCUGCUGAGUCCUUCUUCCACACGGUGCUGGAGAACAGCCCCCACUGCGACACCAUGGUGGACAACAACCUGCGCAUCACCAACUGGAACCGGAAGCUGGGCUGCAAGUGCCAGUACAAGCACAUCGUGGACUGGUGCGGCUGCUCGCCCAACGACUUCAAGCCGCAGGACUUCCACCGCUUCCAGCAGACGGCCAGGCCGACCUUCUUUGCCCGAAAAUUUGAAGCCGUGGUGAAUCAGGAAAUCAUCGGGCAGCUGGACUAUUACCUGUACGGGAACUACCCCGCGGGCACCCCAGGCCUCCGCUCCUACUGGGAGAACGUGUACGACGAGCCGGACGGCGCCCACAGCCUGAGCGACGUGGCGCUUACCUUGUAUCACGCCUUCGCCCGCCUGGGCCUCCGACGGGCCGAGUCGUCGCUGCACGUGGAGGGGGAGAACAGCUGCCGGUACUACCCAAUGGGCCACCCAGCGUCCGUCCACCUCUACUUCCUUGCGGACCGCUUCCAGGGCUUUCUGAUCAAGCAUCACGCUACCAAUCUGGCUGUGAGCAAACUGGAGACCCUGGAGACGUGGGUGAUGCCGAAGAAGGUCUUCAAGAUCGCAAGCCCGCCCAGCGACUUUGGGAGACUCCAGUUUUCCGAGGUCGGCACUGACUGGGAUGCCAAGGAGCGGCUCUUCCGCAACUUUGGGGGUCUCCUGGGGCCCAUGGACGAGCCCGUAGGCAUGCAGAAAUGGGGGAAGGGCCCCAACGUCACAGUGACUGUCAUCUGGGUGGACCCCGUCAACAUCAUCGCAGCCACCUAUGACAUCCUGAUUGAAUCCACUGCCGAGUUCACCCACUACAAGCCCCCUUUGAACUUGCCCCUGAGGCCUGGGGUCUGGACAGUGAAAAUUCUUCACCACUGGGUGCCAGUCGCAGAGACCAAAUUCCUCGUUGCUCCGCUGACCUUCUCCAACAGGCAGCCUAUCAGACCAGAGGAGGCGUUGAAGCUGCACAACGGCCCCCCGCGCAGCGCCUACAUGGAGCAGAGCUUCCAGAGCCUGAACCCCGUCCUCAGCCUGCCCAUCAGCCCGGCCCAGGUGGAGCAGGCCCGGAGGAACGCGGCCUCCACGGGCGCGGGACUGGAACGCUGGCUGGACUCGCUGGUGGGGGGCAUGUGGACCGCCAUGGACGUCUGCGCCGCGGGCCCCACAGCCUGCCCCGUCCUGCAGCCCUGCAGCCAGACCGCCUGGAGCUCCUCCAGCCCCGACCCCAAGUCCGAGCUGGGGGCUGUCAAACCUGAUGGCCGGCUCAGGUAGCACCAGGCGCGUGCGGGCCCCAGUGGAUGUCAGAGGGAAAGCAGCCCAAGGGCUGGCGGCGCCCGGCCCCUGCUGCCCCUGCUGCCGGGAUGCCUUUUGUGUGAGGGGCUCUCCCGGCUACAGAACGAUGGACAGGAAGGUGCAGAGGUCAAGGCAGCUCCUGCCAACGACCUGCCCGUCCCCCCCCAAGGCUCUGGGGGGAAGGAGUGCGCAGCCCCGGGGCCGUCUUACCUCUUCUGGUUGGCCCUCGAAGCCUCCAGGUUCCUUGUCCUCCACCGCGGUGAUGCAAUCCCCCCAGUCAAGUGAUUCUCCAACUUUUCUUUUGAGCAGAAUUCUGUUUACGAAGCGCAGUUGGAGGUAGAAGUUCAAGGUGUGGCUGACAUCCGGGCUGCUCGGGUUGAAGCUGGGGAGGGUGAAGUUCUUUGUCAAAGCUUAGCCCACCAGGCGGUCCCUUUGCCCAGGGCGCCUCCCGAGUCUCCUCCCGAACCCAAGGGCUCCACAGAACCCCCUGGAAGAGCACUGCCCAGACCCUGGGCAUGACCUCCAGCCCUGCCCUAGGGCUCCUCUUCCCACCCCUGGAGGGGAAGGGCACGGGGUGAGCCAUCCACCAGCCCUUGUCCGACAAGUCGGCCUCCUUACUAGCUAGAUAAGCAGGAGAGCUUUUUGAUGGGACAUGGCCAAGGUUCCCCGCAGUCUGCGUUCCAGGCCAGCCUCGCUCCCAGACUGCCCCACAAGGCUACAGAAAGGCAAUGAGGCUCAGGUAUCUGAGCAUCCGUGCAGGGGCUGGGAGACCAAGACCCUGACCUCGUGGGUCUUGGACAAGGAGAACUCUGGGGCCCGUGGCCAUGAAACUCAGAUGGUUGGGACCCAACUCCUGAGCCGAAUAGCCUAGCAAUACCCGUUCCAGCCUGAGGCCUUCCGCAUGGAGGGGAAGCCCACCCAACCUUGGGAAUGCCCCACCCCCACCCCCAUUCCAGGGCGGGGGUUGGGGAGGGACCAGGCUUCUCGCCUCCAGGACAGGCAUUUCAGAUCUGGUGUUCAAAUUCACGCCCUUCCUUCUCGGAGGUGCCAGUGGGCCCCUCUGCUGUGCAGCGGGAAAGCUGGAAGCUUGCGCAUCCGAUCGGCUCAAACCUCAACAACAGCGUUCUUCCAAGUACUUGAGUUGCCAGAUCCCUGCACCAUGACCUUGCUGUGUGCCUCAGAGGGCCAGCCCCGCUCCGCUGGAGAACCCAACCUGAGGCCCCUUCCUUCUCCGAUUCCAGCCCCCACUCCCCCCAGGAGAGGCUUUCCUUGGCCAAGACCGACCCCAGCUGCCAACUGUUCUGCCCCGGGGAGCCCGUCCUCGUGUUUCCGGGCAGCGCGGGUAUGAAGGUACCACAGCACCCCCACCCCCGACCCCCACCCUGCGCUCACCCCAGAGCCCCUGCCCUGCCUGCCCACAUGUCCUGUGGGCCAUGGAGGGGCUGGAGGAGGGACACUUUCGGUAUUUAUUAUUUAUGUUUUAGUCAAUGACUAAUGAGUAGGUGCUGCUUUUGCAGCUGAUCAGUUACGUCUCUUACUAACUGAAGCUGCCUUCAUUCACGAAAGGCCCCACCUUCCUCGCCCUCCCUGCCUCCCUCUCCUUCCCCAGUGUCUGUCUCUCCUGUCUGCUCUGCAUUCUUCAUGCCCUCAGAGGAAAGCAGGGGUGUCGGACAUCACGAGGAGAAUGCUUGCACCAGCAUCUGCUGGCCGAAAGCGGGGUCCCGCUGGGGACCCCGGAGCCUUACCUUUUGCUCAGGCAGGGUGGGAGCCUUGGCAGGUCCUUCGGUCCUGGGAGGGUUGGAAUUCCUGAGCCAUUCCCGCUGCCCACUGCAGAGCCUGCCUCGGAACCUGGGAGGCAGAGAGCACCACUGCAGCAGGAGGGGGCGUGGUCAGAUGGAGCCCAGAGCUACCCAUGUCACAGGGGUGCCGGGGACCUCAGGGGCGCUUGCCGAGAAAGGGCGGAUCAUCGCUCAAUGAACGUGCGAACUCUAGGUGCCCAGAGGCCUGGGCCGCCACCUCCUGCCCCAGCCCACCCAGGGAGCCUUCCUCAUCACCCUCCUCGCCAGGAGUCCCGUGGUUUCCACGGUGUCCUGUGCAGGGCUCAGGCCUGGGUCCGGUGUGCCUGCAGACCCCUCCCUGGGGCCCACCUGCACCCACCGGCAUGGCCCACCCUCUCCCCCCCAGAACCAGCAGAGAAGGUCUACUCCUGGCAGCAUCCCCACCGGCCCCCCUCGGCUCACGGCAAGGAGGUCAGCCAGUCCUACCCAGUGUUUUUUUAAAGACUUCUGUCUUCAGACCAGGGAAUAAUUUUACUAUUAAAAAAAAAAAAAAAAUUCCAAACAAAGGCCAGGAGGAUUGGCAAGAAGGUGAGGUUUUCCCCGGGGCACAUUAACAGCUGCGCCGCAUCUGCCUGAGAGGGAGGGCGUCCUGAAAGGCCGCUGGGUCAGGCAGCCGGGAGCUUGGGCGGCUGGACCCAAGCACAGGAGACAAACCCUAGUGACAGCCUGAUGUCUGGCCCUGGCUCACCGACCGGGUGCCUGGGGGCAGCCUGGGUAGAAGGAAACAUUCAGGAGGCUGUGGCACCACUGUGAUGUCCCAGCCGGCCCGUCCAGGGACGCUCGGGGGGCAGCCUGUCUGCCUGAGUCCCAUGGCCCAGGUCAGCACAAGCAGUCUCCCUCGAGGACACGAGCAGCGCCCAGACCCCAUGUUUAAGGAGGAGGCCCUUUCCUCGCUUUGGAAAAAGACCUUUCUGGUCAGAUCACGAGCCCUCCCAGCUUCGUUUCCCCCUUGCUAGUUUAACUUCUCAGAGGCCACUGCACUCAGGACGAUCAAGACCCCACACGCCCCCAUAAAGCAGCUGCAUGUCCUGAGCACGUCCUCGGUUGGGCGGACAGGCUUCCUCCUGGCUCCGGUGUACAGGGACAAGGAGGACACGGGCUGGAACCUCCAUCUCUUUGCCAGGGAGGUGCCCAGUAGAGAGAAGGAGCUGCGGGAGGGAGGGCUUUCCUCAAGACGGUCCACACCGCCGAGCCCACCGGGGACUCCGGGCACAAGCACUCAAGGGGGGCGGGCACACUAGGCACAGCUGUUGGCCGGGCCCUGCCAGGUCAAAGCCCCCCUCUAGGGUGGGAGUAGCCAACACUAAUGUGCUUGGCGUGACACAGGAGGGAGUGGUGGGGUGCGCGGCCUCCGAAGACGGCGUCUCGGCUGCCCGUGAGCCUGCAGAAUCUUCCUAUUUGGUAAAGGAAGCCAGAGAUGCAGAUUUCCGUAGGAAAUCUGACUAUUAAGUGGCAGCAGUGGUGGUGGUUUGGUUUGGUUUGGUUUGAUGGGGGUUUUUUUGGUUCUGAGUGUGGCCAAGAGCAAUUCCACAGUUCAUCCAUCCUGUGUACGGCCAGCCGCCCCUGCUCGCAGGAGAUGGUUUACCAAGAGGUCAGGCGCUGAUGGAGGAAAUGAGCCACCACUAGGAAGGGGCAAAAACUCCAGCUCUUUUCACGGAUCAUGCGGAAGCGAGAACAGGAACCUCCUACCUGUCAUUCCACCCGGGAGACAAGGUCCCACGGAGAGGUGUCCCGGGAGAACUGGCUUGGAAAUUGGUCCUGGUCCCAAGAUGGUGCUUAAAAAAAAGAAGAAAAAGAAUUUGGAGACGCAUCCUAAGGAAGCCCACACCUUCCAGAAUUCCCGUGGGCCGGGGGAGGUGAGGAGGCCGGGGAGGGGGAGGUGAGGAGGCCGGGGAGGGGGGGGUGUAUCCACAGCCCCGCCUCCCUCCAAGUCCCAGGUCUGAGCCGCCAUCCUGGCACCCGUUUGGGACGCCGUGUCCGAGCUGUGCUGGCCCCGGACGCCCUCCUCCGCUCGGGCACCUUACUCUGCCCGUGGGUCUCACACAGGCGCUACCUCAUCGUGUCUGCUGAGAAGUUUACCUGGGGUGGGGGGAUAAUUACGUGUCCCAAACGUGCUGGCUUGAACACACAAUCUAUGCAAAUUUCUCUCCCUCUGUUUCCCUCUCUGUGUCGGUUUCUCUCUCUCUCUCUCUGAAGUUUGUUUGGUUCUUUUUCUGUUUCGGGUUACCUGGCAAACCAGAUACUGUCCAGACCCCGCUUAGGACCAGGGAGGGCUUUCAUGCGCCGCCUGUGUCUGCCCCUCACACGGUCUUUGGUUCUGUCCUCCCCAAGCCCCACGCAGGGAAGAAGCCGCCCUCUGUGCCCCACCCCUCCCUCCGGCCAGGAACAUUCCCCCUGCCUCUGCCCGCAGACCCCAGGAGAGCAGGUUCUGCCUCCCCGCGCCCCACCUCUGCAACAUCCCUCAUUCCACUCCCACCCGCUUCGCCUCCCCUGCUCCCCCCGACCCCCAAAAGCCUUAUUAGGUUUCUCCUUUUUGAAAUGUGGCCUUAACAUUAUUUUUGGAAAGUGUCUGCCCUCUCCCUCCGACUUCCACCGACAUCCUGGAAGAGAGAGCAUCCUGGCGCUCUCACGGCAACCUCCACCGCCAGGGGCUGCCCCUCUGUAGGCUGCAGACGCUACAGAAAUGGCUUCUACGUGUCGUCUUUUAAAAAAAACAUACCCUCCUGUCGUUCCUCUGGGUAAGACGAAGGCUGGGGUGUUCCCGCCGGGCCAGCGGGUACAGCACACUGUCGCGCACACUGCCCAGGCCCCGGGUGGCUUCCGUCCCCGCGCGGGGUGAGCACCUGCGCUUCUGUCCUCUUGCCUCCCCUCCCAGGCUUGGGGACUUGAGGGACUUCGUCCAGGGGUAAAUCAGGAGAGUUUCUCUACUUCCCUCUCCGUCCUUCCUGCCUGGAAAGGGAGAGCGUUCCAUAUUCCCAGCGGAUGGGUCCUGUUCUCAGAGGGAUCACACUCCCGAGGUCCGUCGCUCCAGGUCCCGCCGGAGGCCAAAGACAACUCCCCAGGGUUUCCGCAGGAAAUUCACUGGAAUUGAGCGCAACUGUCCUUAGAGUCCUUUCUCUGUCGUCUUUUUCGUUUUUAAUAUUAUGUUGUCAGUAGUGUUCGUUUUGGGUAUUUUUAGAGGCCUCACAAUAAGUUAUUACUGUCCCAUUUUUUUUCAAAGACAUGUGGUGAUAUAGUUUUUAAAAAUAACUAUUUUGUUAUAGAUCAUGAUAUGCAUAAAACUGUACAGAACUAUUUUGUAAUGUAUUGAUUUAAAAAAAUCUGUAAAUAAAGUUUAAAAAAAGAGAAUUCCAAUGGCACACACUGGAAGAUGUAGAUAUUUUGCUAUUUAUUUAAAGGAGUAUUUUAAAAGAGAUUGAACUAUCUGAAAUUGACUAGUCAUCAAAAUUUCAGUCCUACGAACGCUUUCCCUCGAGGCAGACUGUGUCUCUCGAAAGCGAUUGCACUAGCCGCCCAUUUUUGCACCUUUUCUGUAUCUUCAUUUAGCAGAAAAACAACAAAAUUGUGCCUUAGCUGUAUUUUUUUUGUCUAGGGGAGUUUGUCUGACAAAGCAAAAUUUUUUGCAGAAAACAGUGGAUGUAUUAAAUCCUGUAUCAUACCAAAAACACUGCAGGUGUAUAGCGAUGCUUUCUGUCAUACUGUGUUUUCAGAUGCAGAAUUUUAAAAUUAAAAAAAAAAUACUGUCUUUAUGGAA